AUGAUAGGAAGAGACAACAUCGAAGGAUCAAAAAGCAACGUCGCUAUGAACGCUUGGCUGCCACAAGCUAGUUAUCCCUGUGGUAACUUUUUUGACACCUAUAGCUUCAAAUCUCGAAGGUCUAAAAGAUCAAUAGGCCAUGCUUUCUCGAUUCGUAUUCGUACUGAAAAUCAGAAUCAAACGAGCUUUUACCCUUUUGUUCCACACGAGAUUUCUAUUUUCAUUGAGCUCAUCUUAGGAUACCUGCAUUAUCUUUUAACAGAUGUGUCACCCCAGCCAAACUCCCCACCUGAUAAUGUCUUUCGCCCGGAUCGACUGGACGAGGCCGACCUUGGGUCCAAAAGAAGGGAUGACGAGGCAUUUGGCUACCUUAAGAGAGUCAUAGUUACUCCCGCCAUUUACCCGCACUUGGUUGAAUUUCUUCACUUUGACAUUCAAAGCACUGGGCAGAAAUCACAUUACGUGAGCAUCCGGAAGGACCAUCACAAUGCUUUGUUUUAAUUAAA